AAUUAUCUCUGAAAUAUUUUGCUGCCUAAGUGAAAAGUAAUCGUGGUUCAUUUAAUUAAAUAGGCAACCACGGGACACCGAAUAACUAAAAAAGCUUAGUGUGUCGACUUUCAAACUGAGCUCAGGCGACGUUAAGGAGACGUGCGAUUCGAAACUUGUCCUGUCAGGUCAAGUCUGGCCUAGCUACGCAGCUAGUAAAUAUUCGCUUGCCGACGGACAACAGUCAAGUACGUUAGAUAGUUAGCAAGAUAACCAGCUACCUUGAAGGAGUCAACGACACUUUGGAGCGUUAUUGAAAAUUUUCCACAGUCUCCCAGGACACAAUGGCAGACGACUUUGAUAUUGAGGCCAUGUUGGAAGCUCCUUAUAAGAAGGUAAAAAAAACAGAGCCUCAUCUUAGAACAUCCAAUCACCUGUUCUGUCGCAACAAGGAUGACCUCAAGUCCUCUAGUGAGAAUGGCCAGGAGGAACGCAGCAAGAAAAAGCACAGGAGCCGGAGCGGCAGUCCAGAGCGUCGUGUGAGUAAGAGCCGGGACCACAAGAAGAAGAAGAGGAGCCGCAGCCGAGAGCGCCGGCGUUCGCGCAGCAAGGACAAGCAUCGCUCACGCAGCCGAGAGCGGAAGGGCUGGCAACGUGGAAAGAAGAGCCCCUUCUUUGGGGCGAAAUUUAACGGUGGUCCUGGAGGGAAGGGCGGCCCACCACAUACCACCAAACUAAGUCGCCGACGCUCCAGAAGCAAAAGUCCCUUCAAGAACAAAGACAAAAGUCCAAUCAGGCAACCCAUAGACAACCUGACGCCAGAGGAGAGGGAUGCACGUACUGUGUUCUGCAUGCAGCUGGCAGCACGUAUACGUCCAAGAGACUUGGAAGACUUCUUUUCGGCAGUUGGCAAAGUAAGAGAUGUCAGGAUGAUCUCAGACAGAAACUCCCGCAGGUCAAAGGGCAUUGCCUAUGUCGAAUUUUUGGAAGCCACCUCUGUGCCGCUGGCUAUUGGACUGACAGGCCAGAGGCUACUUGGAGUGCCAAUCAUCGUGCAGGCCUCUCAGGCAGAGAAAAACAGGGCAGCUGCGAUGGCCAAUAACCUUCAGAAGGGCAACGCUGGGCCCAUGCGUCUGUAUGUGGGAUCGCUCCACUUCAACAUCACAGAGGACAUGCUGAGAGGAAUCUUCGAGCCUUUUGGCAGGAUCGAAAGCAUCCAGCUCAUGAUGGACAGCGAGACCGGACGCUCCAAAGGAUACGGGUUCAUCUCUUUUGCAGAUGCUGAGUGCGCCAAGAAAGCUCUCGAGCAGCUGAACGGUUUUGAGCUGGCUGGCCGGCCCAUGAAGGUGGGUCAUGUGACUGAGAGGACAGACGCAUCCACAGCCAGCUCAUUCCUGGACAAUGAUGAGCUGGAGCGCACUGGUAUCGACCUAGGCACCACUGGCCGCCUGCAACUCAUGGCCCGCCUCGCAGAGGGCACAGGCCUCCAAAUCCCUCCAGCUGCACAACAAGCCCUUCAGAUGAGCGGAUCCAUGCCCUUUGGCAACCUUUCAGAUUUACAAGCCAUGUUGAUUCAGCCCCCAGAAGCCCAAACAAUGAACUUGCCCAGUAUGAACCAGGCCAUGAACCUGCCCACCCAGCCUCUGGCCACACACUGCCUGCAGCUCUCCAACAUGUUCAGCCCACAGGCUGAAAAUGAACCUGGCUGGGAUCAAGAGAUCCAGGAUGAUGUUAUUGAAGAGUGCAACAAACAUGGAGGAAUAGUCCACAUAUAUGUGGACAAGAACUCCCCUCAGGGCAAUGUUUAUGUCAAGUGUCCAACUAUUCCUACCGCCAUGGCCGCAGUUAACGGCCUCCAUGGACGCUGGUUUGCAGGUAAAAUGAUCACGGCUGCCUACGUGCCCUUGCCCACGUACCACAACUUGUUCCCAGACUCGGUGACGGCCACACAGCUACUGAUGGCCACACGCCGGUGAUGCCGCGCCUGCUGUGUUGGCUCUGCGCCACUCUAAACAUGUACAUAAGUUCCGCUCAGAGGGGCUCACUAGCCAGCCCCCACAGCUCCUCUCCAGAAGUAAGACCCACCCCAUCCACACAUGUACAGCUGGACCGACCCAGUACAGUUGUCAAAGAGUCUGGGUGCAGGCAUGGGAUUUUUGCCGAAGGUAUGGCUGGUGACAAACUGGUUUUUAUGAAGUUGAUUUAGCCUGAGAGCAGUGUCCACAGUGCCCCUUUCAUAACUGGAGUCUUUCAGGGUGGGUCUCGAGGGAGAGAGAUUAUUUUGAAGGCUGCGGCAGUUCUUUAUGAAAAGCAGGGCUUUGUUUUGUUUUUCUGUUUUGUUUUUGUGUGCUUUCCGUUAGUGCACUUGUAUGUAAUUGGAAAAUGAAAAGCCUCUGCAUUUUGUCAUGCCUAGGAGCUGCAGCUUGCUCCAAAUGAGUUGUCCUGUGCUCAUCCUGUACAUAGACACAUCCUGUUAGUCUUCAUACAUUUUGCAACUCACAGUUUUUGUUUAUGGUGCAUUUGAUCAAAAGGUCAGGAAAGGGGGGGAAGAAUAUAAGGUUUCUUGCAUUCUUGGUGCCCCACCACAAACACACAGAAUGGGGGUGGAUGAUCAGAGACCACAUUUGUAACUUUUUGUAAUCAAGAAUUUUGUUUUUCUAAAGAAUGUCUUGAUUAAAGUUGCUUAAAACAAA